UUUUUAUGCAUAAAGGCAAAGUAGCUAACGCAAAUCACACAGUUUCUUAUUGUACUUUGUGCCGCUCAGACAUUCAUUGCUACUGCGCAUGAGUAAUGGCGUUGCAGUCUCUCUUAGUCGCAGCUAUUGUACUACUUUGUUGUGACCUUGAUCUGGCAGCUGACUGCGAAUUCGGCGAUCGUCAGUUUACUAUUGGUGAAAGCUUCGAGAAUCCUGGCGAAUGCGCGAUUUACCAUUGUGAUGCUGAAGGCAGCAUAUCAGCGAAGAGCUGCGCCGAGUCCCUGCCACCACCGAACUGCAAGACGAUACCACAAGAUAACAGCAAACCUUAUCCAGAUUGUUGUAAACGACAUGAUUGCUAAAUGAGUCUAGUGAGCAUUUAAGACUAGGAAAAUGUUUAAAAAUAUGUUAAUUUAAAAAGAUUUUAAAAAGAUUUUAAAAAGAUUUAUGUUAAAAUAUUUUAGAUAAUUAGCAUUUAAAAAAGCACUUAAAAUGUGAAGAAAUAAAAUCAAAGAUAACCUUUAAAUUAUUAUGCGCAGUUUAAACUCA